UUAACUUGAUGAUACUUGAAAAUCAUUUAGUCGUUAAAAUUGUAGUCGUUUUAAGUAUUGGACGAUUUAUUUCAAGUGGAACACGAAAUAUAUUUAAACGAAUAUGUAUAAGCGGGUUUGUUGAUAUUUUAGGAUCUAUAUUUAACCAUUCCGCGUAAAUCGCUUCGAUUGUGUGUUGUAUGUUUAGUGUGUUAUGUGAAUGUACCGCGAAACAUCAGUGAAGUCAAAAUGUGUUGAGAUGGUAGUCAUCUACGCCGGGUCAACACGUCGCCCGCGAUGAAACGUCAACGUAUAGUGCUGCGUUAUUUUCCUUCUUAGAAUUUAUUUUACAAAUGACACGGGACAAUGAUGCGCUCGAAGAUCCAGAUAAUAAAAUACUUAAUAUUUCUGUUGAUCUUGGUACUAAUACAGAGCGCGGUAUGCAAUGGAAACUUUAGGAUAAAUAGGAAUGUACCUGAACAGAUUAAUGGAAUCGCAAAAAAAGAUAACGCACAUAAUGCAUCGGACGGACAAAAAAUUCAGCAACAACAUGCGACAACGAUUCCCGAGGAUAAUAAAACGGUAGACGAUACAUCUUUGAAACCAGAUAUUAAUAAGACAACACAGGUUACAGGAUUGCAAAACGAGCAUGUGGGUGAAGGACAUUCAAUUUCUUUAAAUGUUGGAGCUCUGAAGCGUGGUUUUUACGUGUUUGUGGGGCUAAGUGUUCUUGUCAUGGCCUAUAUCGUGUUCCGUAGCUUUAGACUAAGUAAAACGCGUGCCCAGAUGGUCAGAAAGUAUGGUGUGCUUACACAUAGACAAGAUGUUGAAAUGCGACCAUUACCAUUAAGUGAGGAAGAUGAUGAGGACACUACUGUUUUUGAUGCCAGUAAUGUUCUGACAAAUAAUGUUCAGCAUCAAAAUUUAUAAGAUAAAUUUUUGUUUAGACAAGAAGCUUACUACAGAAUUUACAAAAUCAAAGUUUAGUCAGUCAACAGACUUGACUAAUACAUUUUUUGUUUAUUUUUUCACAUGAAACUUGCUUGUUUGCAUUUAUCAAAUUCCAAUAUCAAGUAUGAUGAUUCAAAGAUGCACUUAUCUUUAUAAAUGAUGCUUUUGAAGAGAUGUUUUUACGACACUUCUCUAGUUUCUUGAUAUAAGUGAGUAAUGAAGAAGAAACUUAAAUACCCAUUGCUUAUAAAUGAAUAAAUGAUGAGUAUCUAUAUCUACUCUUAUACAGACUAUAUUUUAAGUAAACUGUGUUGUUAUAAUUGAAAUUAUACAAAUACAGAUUGUCUCUAUUUUAUUUAAUGCUACAUG